AUGAAUGACAUACCAGCUCCAAGUCUUGUUAAAUAUAGUAAUCCAAUUCUCAUACCAAACAGUUAAAAAAAAUAAGUCAAAUAAUCACCCCCUAAUAAUACUGAAGACAUUUUGAAUGCAAUUCUACUUCCCAGAGAAUUUAAUCAUCAGAAAAAUUAAUUACAAAUUUAAUGUGUUUCUCCUUCACCUUCUAUUAAAUAAGAUGUGCUAGAACUAUAAGAUAAAUUAGAUAAAUGGUUAUCGUAAAGACUUGCAAGAGAGACUGGUUUAUGUCCAAUUAGGGAGGAGUUAUAUUCAUAAUGUUUUGAUGAAUGA